CUCCUCCCCCCUCUGCCUGGCCACGUGGACAAGCCGGUGGGCCACAACGUGAAGCUGAAGUGUCUGGCCAGCGGCGUCCCCGAACCCACCAUCACCUGGUUCAAGGACGGCGUAGAACUCACAGACGAAGAACUAGGAGGAGAGUCGCGCCUGACGAAGCACUACCUGCACCUCCUGAACCUGAGGCCAAUGGACAGUGCCAUAUACACCUGCGCUGCCGCCAACUCCGUAGGUGCCGUGACUGCCAACUGGACGGUCAGGGUCAUAGGCCAAGCUCGCCCUCGAGAACCGGAAUUCAACCCCCAAGAUCCAGCUAACACCACAGUCGUAGAAGGGUCAGUGGCAACGUUCCAGUGCAGUGGGACGUCGGAGGUCACCCCACAUAUAAAGUGGCUCCGUCGCCUGGAAGAUGGCUCCUCUGAUGGCAACUAUGUCCAUGAGAACCAGACAAUCAACUGGAAGGGUCAUCGGUAUGUUGUUCUCCAGGCUGCCCAAGUCCUCACGCCCGGGGAUGGGUCAUUCUACACGAAGCUUGUGAUACCCAGAGCCUCGAUGCAAGAUGUUGGAUUUUAUGUCUGCACUGUGACAAACAGUUUUGGCUUAGACUACAGACAAGCAUAUCUUUCAGUGAUUACUGAGACUUCUGAAAGCAACAUGUUAAUGCUUGUAGUUGGUCUGGGCUGUGUGGCAGGAUUAAUUGUAGUCAUUGUAAUAGUGAUGACUGUUCGCCGCGUCCAGACCAGCAAACCACCCCCACCCCCAGGCCCAAGUGAAGGGGCUCUGUUGCCACCACCUCCCAUGAACCAAGGAAAGAUGCAGCCCCCGCCAGCACACCACCCCCGCUAUGUGCCCCAGACAGCCAAGCACAACAGUCAACAGGGCACUCCACAUGGACAUGCUGUAGGCCCAGAAGGACCUUUGCUGCAGUAUGCUGGGGGCGUGGUGCACCUUCCUCCUCAGUCUGCCAUGGCAGGAGGUGGCCAAGGGGCACAGCCGAUUAUUGUAUAUCAAGACCCAGCCACUGCUGCUUCUGUCUACAUUGCCCAGCGACCACAGGCACCUGCAGCAUCUGUGGGGAGACCUGAAUAUCAGUACCAACAUCUGGAUGUCAUAUGAUCACGAGACAGACUAGUGUAGUGGGGGCAUGUUGGGCGUAUCUUAUGCUACAGGUUUUUCGUUAAACAUUGCUGGUCACUUUGAAAAUUUACUAAAUGUCAGAGGUCUGGUGACUUUUACUGUAUUUCAUUAAAAAACUGAUACAGUGAUAUAAGCAGACCAUGUACUGUACUUUAGUAUCAUAUUCUGAACAUUUUAACAAGAAUCUGUGAUAAAGAUGAAAGUUACAAUUUGUUCAACUUUUAUCAUGUCCUUGAAAGAUUUCAGAACUUACAAAAGAAAUAGAGCUAACAAGCUAAAAAUAGUUUUUCCUUGUUGGUGUGAGUAGAGAACCAUUAUCUCUAGUCUGUCAUAAACAAUAAGAGUCCCUUGUAAAUAAUAUAUUAUUUUGUCAGAUGAUUGUGUUGUAGACUUACUGUGAAGGUUGGGAUGGAGAGUAACCCUACUUGAAGUCAAUGUUUUACAGCAUGCUACAGUUAGUUCAUUACCAACCAUGUGUUUUAAGCUUCUUAUCAUCCUAAUUUGUAUCCAUAUUUUGCCUCUUCAAUGUUAAUUCCUUGCAAACUUAGGAUGAAAAUGUCCCAAGCUAAUACAAGUUUAUUCACAUCAAGCAAUUCCACCUUAAUUGAAGAAAGUUGGAGUCUAGUCAGGCGCUGUCAUGUUUUCAUUUGUUUAUGUGUUUCCAAUCUGUACAGUACAUUAUAUAGGUAGAUGUUGAUGCAUUGCAGUGAAAUAGUUAAUUCCAGUUUAAAGUUCUUUUCCAUGUUAAUUUUUAAGGCAACUGUAGUUAUUUGAACUAUGGUAUUUUUUAUAUGUGCCAAAGGAGAUGCUAAUUAGGCUAUCACAUAGAGAAACAUGUUAAAAAGGAGGGAUAUCACAACCAUUAUUUUUUUUUUUCAUUUCUCAUUGCUGCUUUUUAUAACUCUUGGAAAGAGGGGAAAAUGUCUUAAUAUAGGUUGGUAUUAGUGCCUCAAAAUUUGUGGGAAUAUGUGAUAAUCUAUUUUAUUUAAGAUUAUAAAGAAUAAUUUCUCUUUGGCAUAAUUUUCCUACAAUGGAAAGGUUUAUGUUGCAUGAAAGGAUUCCUUGUGUUUUCUCCUUUAUAGUGAAAUAUAAAGUGUAAAAAAUAUAUAUAUUUUACUGUGGCCAUUUGGCUUUGUUAUAUGACACAGUUUUCCAAAACAUUUUUUUAAUAGAGUGAAGCUACGAAGGUUUUGUUUAUGUAAGGGUAAUAGUUGCAACAUUGAACCUGUGAUCGGAUGUGCUUCAGUAAUCUCAUUAUGUGAAGGGAGAAUCAGGCUUAGGAAUUUGAUUUUCUCAGCUUAAGACAGAAGGCAUGCGGAGAAGGGCAACUGCCUGAAACAGUAAUGGUGUCUUGUAAAAUGGAAAAAUUGCAAAGGUUAAUUGAGGGAGGUAAGACAGCAUUCUAGUGCAGGCUUGUGCAUCUUGGAAAAAUUAAGAUUGCACUGCUUUGCAUGAUGAUACAAUCUCAGCUUAUUCAAGAAAGCUUUUUAUAUAAACAUUAAAUAUUUAGAGACCAUUGAACUGUGAAUAUAUUUACAGUCUAAUUACACACUACCUAUGUCUUAAGGAAGUGCAGCUAUGCUCCUUGUUUUAGAGAGAGAUAUUGUAAAUAAUUACAGUAUAGCAUGUUGUACCUGAGGAGAUCAAUUUGAAUACUCUACAUAUCUGGUAGUAACAGUGGUAAGCCAUUUGACAAGAGGUUGUAAAGAGAAGGCAAGGUUCAUUGUAAGUGACCUAAUGCAAGUAUUUAGGUCAAUAUUGUCACUAUUAGGAGCUUCCAUUGCUUUGGCAUUGUGUCCAAACAUGCAAGUUUCAAGUUAUAUAGUCAAUAUCAUCAUAAAUAUAAAAUGAUAUUUGUAAUGGCAUUGCUUUGCCUUGUCACUGAAGUUGUUAAAUCAUUAAACUAUGCACUGGUUUCAAUCAGAGGUGAAGACAGUGGCAUGUGUUA